CAGCGGCGGCAGAGCCAUGUUCUCCCUCAGUGUCCUCCUGCUUACCUUGAUGCUUUUGAACUCAGGAUUGCUGAUAUCUGCAGGGAUCGUAUUCACGUGUGAUGGCUUUGUCCAUCGUCUUAGCUGUGAUACUGGUGUGAUCAGUGUACAAUCAACAACGUAUGGCCGCACAAGCAGCCUUAUAUGCAGUUUUGAUCGAACACCAUCUGAAAUAUCUAAUACUCAGUGUUCAGUGGAUGUCUCUGCAGUCUCUAAACGUUGUAAUGGACUGAGAGAGUGUGAGACAAACACUCCAGGACUUGCGCCAAGAGAUCCAUGUCCUGACACCUACAAGUACUACACUACCGAGUACAUUUGCAUCCCAGCAGAAACAAGUGUGACUUGUGGUGGUGAAUUCAAUUUCUUGGAAUGCGGAUAUGGUAAGAUACAGAUAAACACUGCGAACUAUGGACGUACAGAUAAAUUCACCUGCUCUGAAGGACGUCCAUCAAGUGAGCUCCAAAACACUACAUGCUUUUCACCCAAUGCACUGUCUACUGUGUCCAAAAGCUGCAAUGGUCUGGAAAGUUGUUUGGUGUUUGCGUCACGUAUGACCUUUACUGAUCCCUGUGUUGGCACAUACAAGUACCUUGCAAUCUCCUAUUUUUGUGUCCCACCUGCAAUUCGUUCAAGUUUGGUCUGUGAACAUGAGACGAGUGUCCUGACCUGUGAUGAUGGGACUUUCAUACACAUUCACAGCGCUAACUACGGCCGAACUGAUGACAGUACAUGCUCUGCUGGACGACCUGCUUCUCAGCUUGCCAAAACUGACUGCUACGCCUUAAAUACAGAGACAGUAGUCGCUAAUGUAUGUGAAGGGAAGAACAGCUGCUCCAUAUUAGCCUCCAACAGUGUCUUCUCAGAUCCAUGUUUUGGCACAUUCAAGUACCUGUACAUCUCGUACACCUGCGAGUCUAAAUAGAACGACAGCUGAUCUCAUGGAUCUGGGCUCUUUAUCAGCAUCUGUUCUAUUUUAAAUGUGCUGAAACUAAAUCUGUUUCUUAAAAUGUUAACGCAUCUAAUAUUAUAUGGUAUUUCCUCUUGUAAAGAUAUGGCAAAAAGGGUAAUGGUAGAAUACUAAUCCAAAUUCAGUCUUUGUGUGGAGAUGAAAGCAGUGUCUUUGAUUCUCAUACGAUUACUUUUUUCUACAAGCCUCGCUUAUACAUUAUGUUGUGGGAUUUUCCUUAUAAUAAAUGCUUUGCAAAUGCAA